CGUGCCUGUUCUUCUGGGGCCGCAGGGGAACAGGGGCGGUGACCUCGGCGCACGCCCCGCGCCCCAGUCUCCCGGCCCGCGCCCCGGCCGCCAGCAUGGUGUUGCUGGCCGGGCCCGGGCCGGAGGGCGGCGGGGCGCGCCGCGUGUCCCCGCAGACGCCGUCCCCUCCCCGGGACGCUCCGGCCGGGGAGGACCCUGCCGACUACGAGGAGUACGAGGACUUCUCGUGUCUGCCCGACACCCGCAGCAUCGCCUCGGACGACUCCUUCUACCCUGUAGGAGGCGAGGAGGAAUACGGCACCGCGAGUGCGGAGAGCGUCCCAGAGGGCGUCCCGGAGGAGGCGACCCUCCUGCGCGCCGCCUGCGCCAACGACGUGGGGCUGCUGAGGGCGCUGGUGCGGCGGGGGCCGAGCGCUGAGGAGGUGCAGGAGACCGACCGCAACGGCCGGACUGGCCUUAUUGUCGCCUGCUACCACGGCUUUGUGGAUACUGUGGUGGUCUUAGCAGAGUGCCCCCACGUUGAUGUCAACUGGCAGGACAGCGAGGGGAACACGGCCCUAAUCACAGCCGCACAGGCAGGGCAUGCCACCAUCACCAACUACUUGCUGAACUAUUUUCCUGGCCUUGACCUUGAAAGGAGGAACGUGUUUGGGUUCACAGCCCUGAUGAAAGCCGCCAUGCAGGGCCGAACAGAGUGCGUCCGAGCCCUGAUGCUAGCAGGAGCAGAUGUCCAUGCCAGGGACCCCCACCGUGGGAUGUCGCCCCAGGAGUGGGCGGCUUACACAGGACGGUUGGAGGCUGUCCGCCUCAUCCAGAGGCUGCUGGAGCGACCCUGCCCAGACCAGUUUGGAGAAAAGUACAAACCAGAGCUGCCGCUGCCUCCGGAGGCCAUUCUGAAGCCCUCGGGCUCCAAAAACUGCUUGCAGAAGUUCACCGAGCUUGUGCGGUCCACGCUGACCUCCCGCUCACGCCAGGGCCUGGAGGAUGGGGGCGUCCUGGACCACAUGGUCAGGAUGACCACGAGCCUCUACAGCCCUGCCGUGGCCAUCGUCUGCCAGACCGUGUGCCCCGAGAACCCCCCCUGUGUGGGGAAAAGGCGGCUGGCCGUGCAGGAAAUCCUGGAGGCUCAGGAGAACCGGGACAAGCACGCCCAGGAGAGUGGCAAGAUAGAGGGCUCUGAGCAGCCAUUCCGGACCUCCCAGGCCGUGGGGGUCUCAAGGGAGGGGGCCCCGAGAGCCAGCCUCCCGUCUCCGCAGCUGCCAGGUGCCCCGCGGAGGGCCAGCCUCCUGCCCCUGCAGCUGCUGAGAAGAAGCAGCGUGCGGCCCGGCGUGGUCAUCCCCAGGGUGCGCGUCAGCAAGGCGCCCGCGCCCACCUUCCAGCCCGAGCGGGCGGCCGCCAAGGGCAGCACCAAGGACAGCGCCCACCUGCAGCUCCCCAAGUGGCGGUACAAGGAGGCCAAGGAGGAAAAGAGGAAGGCGGAAGAGGCGGAGAAGCAGAGGGCGGCAGCGGCGCAGAAGGAAAAGCGGGCUCCGUCCUGGAGGAAAAGGACGUGAGGGGUCAGCUGCCUGGAAGCGUGUGCGGUGGGAGAGGAGGCAGCGGGACCCCGCGCGGCGAAGGAUGCGGAUGCGCCUCCCUCCUGCCCCCGCCCCUCCCGCAGCGCUGCACAUCCCCGCGCAUCCCCAGCAGGCAGGCUGGAACGGGGCCCCAGAACGCGCUCCGUGUUUGUUCAGGCUGCACCCUUGAGUGAAUUGGGUCGGGCACAAAUCGAUUAGCCUAAAACCAGUUCCCCUAGCGAUCAGUACACCUAUGGGCAAAUUUGCCCCAAAGCCUACCUUUAGAACCUCACUUGAGAAAUUUCUAAGACCAGUUAAUCAAAGGGUCUGAAUAAUUUUGUAUUUUUAAUCAUGAUCAAAUUUGCAGCAUUUUACUGGUGGUGGGGCUGUUUGUAUUUAAGACGGUUUUAAUACAUUUGCCCCAAGAUCCUUUGUUUAACAUACUGUUUCUGGCAAUAAUUAUUGGUGAUAUCUCAGUGAUUUCAUACAGAAUUUGUGGAAGUCUCCCCUUUCUUGCUGAUUGUCUUUCCUUCUCAUUUUAGGCAUGCAUGAACAUUGUAUGUUCUUAUUGAUUUGAUUAAGUGAUUCCGAAUAUUUGUUUCUUUUUGAUGGAGGCAUUUCCUUUUCCAGCAAAAUGAUGAUGUGAAACGGGAAUCAGAUUUCCUUGUAUCUUAUUUUAAAGCUCUCUUAGGUAGACGGUAAUAAUAAUGAAGAGAAACCUGUUGCUAAAGUAAGAAACCGUGCAUAGAGAAGCAUGUAUUUAUUGCUAGAACUAAAUAUUUUAAGCAAGGGACUUUAGAUAAACUGGAUGCAAAGCCUUUAACGUAUUCAAAAAUAGAUAUGAGAAAAAUCUAUUAUUUAAUGAACUGGGAGCAAAUGUAAUAAAUUUUUACUAGAAAUACAAAAUUAAGUCCUCUGUGCUCUUAGAUAAAUUGACUUCAGAUAUCCUUAAAAUGUAAAAAAGAUGUAAAAGAAUAAGGCACCAGGGUGAUAGAAAGUGCUGGAAAGGGGGAGAGGGGCUAGAGCAACAGUGAUUAGAACUGAAUAUUAAACAAACUUGUUUUAGGCAAAUUCUCCUGGAGUGGGCUGGACGGCUCCCCGCUUCAGAUUCAAUUUCAAAGAGUCCCUGGUGUGGAAUUACUUUUAUUUUUCCUCUGAUGACUGCCCAUGACGUUCCGUUUAUCCUCACGCGGACUUUGUAGAAUUUCCAAAAUGCGGGGACUUGGGCAGAGCAUGUCCAUGAUUUGCCCCGGGCUCUGAGCUUUCAGUGGGAGUUUCUGUCCAUACUUUUUUAUUGCCGAAGCACUGAGACAUUUUAAUGAAUCUCUGGCCAUCUGGGUUGCGGAGUAUCUGUCACAUAUGCACUACUGACAGCACUUUAUUUAAAAAUUAUUGUACUUGGAAGCCAUAGAUUUAAAAUAGUAGGGACCGAUUUGGAAGCCCUUUCUUAUAACCCUGGAUUCGCAUGUCCAGUCGUGCUCCCUGGCUGUGUCGUGAUGAGCUCCUGUCUCACGAUGUGGGCAGGGAUGGCACUGGCCUCUCCCUCAUCCUUCCCACUUGGCACCCUGAGGCAUUGAGCUAUCCGGGCUCUCACACUCACCUCUCCAGAAGCCUCUGUCAACAAGGUAUUGGGCAACACCACCCUGACGGGUGUGUGUGAUGAUAAUGCAGCUCUUAAAGUCAGAUUUUAGGGAGCUCCGCCCUCUUUCCAGAAUGGCCUGGAGGUCUGGACCUGCUUUUAGCAUCACUGAUGCUGGGUGGCUGCAGGUCACCCUAGUGUCCAAGAGUUGAGGUUGGCCCAGUUCCCCUAGAUGAGACAAGGGCUGGUCCCCAAGGUGAAGGGAAACACCCCUAGUCUCCCUGCUGGUCUGAUCCAGCAUCUUUGAGCUCGUUGUCUGGUUUACGUAUUUUCAUUGCUUUGAAUGGCUGGCUGCAUUUUCUCACUGAGGGGUCACCUUUUGCCACCUUGCUUCCAGCGUUGGUCAGGGGCAGGGGCGACGAGGGGCAGUGGCCGCCUCCUGCUCUCCGCGUGUCCCCUCUGCUGUGACGCCACCCUGCCUUCCCCUUUGCCGUCUCUCUUCCUUGCUUGCCUCUUCGUCCUUUGCCUGUUUUCUUCUGCAGCUUUGGCUAACUGUCCCGAUCCUCACUGGCACCACCACUCUGAGGUCUAAAAAGGGCAGAAGAGCAAGGCGAUCAUGCGGGGCAGUGUGGUGUCCCUGUAGAUUGUGUAGUGACCUCCACCGACCCAGUGAAGGAAGGACAGAUUUCCCAGCUUCUGUGCAAAUGGUUUAGGAUUUCGGCACAGGCCCCAUGCCUCUUUUUUUUUUUUUUUUUUAAAGAUUGAUUUAUUUAUUUUGAGAGAGAGAGAAGAGGAGGGACAGGGAGAGAAUCUUUCAAGCAGACUCCCCGCUGAGCAAGGAGCCCGCCCGCUGGCCGGGCUCAGUCCCACAACCCAUGAGAUCAUGACCUGAGCCCAAACCAAGAAUCGGAUGCUCAACCGACUGAGCCGCCCAGCCCCCCUUAUGCCCAUUUAAGGGAGGGAGGCCCCACUCUGCUGUACGGAGGGAGUGGGGGAGCCGGGUUCUGCUUGCACCCUUGAUGUUUAUUAACUGUAAAUAGUGAAAUUUAAGUUGACAGGUACCUUCUCAGGGAUUUAUAUAUAAAUGUAGUUAGAAGAAAAGAUGAAGUAUAUUUUAAUACUUACAUUAAAAUGUUUGAGUGAAUUAUGAUUACACUAGACAAGAAAUAUUUCCAAGACGAUGUCAAUGCUGCUGUCUUCCAGGGAGAGGUCUGCCGUCUCCCUCGGUUGAGAUUUUCUGGUUAUUGGAGACCUGGGACCUCGGCAGCUGAAACGGCUCUGGGGUGGACGCGAGGUCACCUCAGCCCCUCUCAGUUACCUCUUGUGGAUGGGAACCCUUGUAGUUAAGAAAAUUCAGCCUGUAUGUUAAGUAGCGGUGGCUGUGAUAACACAGAUGGCUAUUCACCUGUUUUACCUCUAGAACUGCCCCCCCCCUCGUCUGAUACCAGGGUGCGUGGAGUGACAAUGACAGUUUCUUGUCCUGGCUUAUGUGACUCCAGUGUUCGUAGUCAGCCCGGCACCGGGCUCCCCUCUGGGAAGGAGGAGGGAAAAGCUGGGAGAGAUUCGUCUGGAAUGACCUCAGCCUUCAGGGCAUCAACUCUCCGUGUCUUUGGCCACCUUAGAGAAACAUAGCCCGGAGCAUCAUGGACCUUCCUUACCCUCUCUGAGGCCCCUCCCGGCAGGCUCCUGGCAGCAGCGGGUCCCUUAGCGACGUGAAGGUCAGGAAUCGCAGUUCCUUGUCUCAACUUCGGGCCCUCCCGGGACCCCAGUCUCGUUCUGCGGAGAAGGACAGCGAGAUUCGUGGAGUCGGCGGGAACACGGGGCUUGUGCGUGCAGGUGGCCCAUGCAGACCGGCUCUGCCCACUUCCUGCAGAGUGUGAGCCGGGCCCUGGGGGUCCAGCAUGAGUGGGGGCCAGGCGGUUGUGCGGGAAACGGAAUCCCGUGAGGUGGGGCCAGCCCCCAGUCUGGAAACGGAUGCAAAGCCUGUCAUCCUUAGGGAAGAAUCCAGGAACCAAGUCAUGAAGCAAGGCCUCCCCAAGAGCUCAGUGAAGGAACCAGGACUAAGAAGUGGGCUCGGUUUGUCUCUUGCAGCGUCAGUUCCCACGACAGUCAGAGAGUAGACCGUCUUUUCCUGAUCUCCCGCGUUGCUCUGCACGAGGAGUUCCAGGCCUGAUGUAAGUCAGCUGUCCCUCUACCCCCGGUUCGCCUGGAGGUCCCUGCUCGCUUGUUUCCCAUUCUCGCACCACGCAUGGACGCCCCGGGCCCUGGAGAGCCAUCAUCAAUCCCUGUAAAGCUUCUGGUCACAGGCUUUUAUGUGGCGAAGUGCUCACACUUGUUCUUUUUUAUAGCAUUCGGGAACAUUCGAACACGCUACCCCGGUAUUUGCUCGGGACCCUUUCCGGCCUGUGUGGAUAAUGAGUCUGCACUGGCCAUGGGUUCUCCGCGCACCGAGUCCCCUCAGGGCCGAGUUCCCCGUGUGCGGGGUCGUCGGUUCCCAGACCACCGUCUGGUAGCGGAGGGAAGGUGGGGGUCCAGCACAACUGGCCCUUAGAGAACAAUGAGGUCACAUGUGUGGCAGCAACUGGAGUUGGGUAGAUAAUCGUCACAGUGGGGGUGCUGUCACCCCACAAAGAACGUACAGCAAAACAGAUCUUCUGGAAAGGCUGAUGGCUGUGUUCCCCGUUUUCACACCUCGAUGCGUUUAGAACUUGUUUCGUUCGUCUGGAUAACUGGAGUCAGCUGCUCCUUUCUGGGACCUUGAAUUCACAUGUUUCUUCAUUAACAUUUAAAAGAAGAGGCUAAAAAAAUUCCUUCUGGAGGUUGUUUUUGGGAAAAAAAAAGGCAAAAACACAAACCCACCACUACCUGAACUGAUCUAGCUAAUGUUCGAGAGACCCCGUUGAAUGCCAGUGCCAUGCACGCCAUCUCCUCACUGUGACCCCGCCUGACACAAGACUUCUGUGACAGGCACAGCCCCUGCAGGGCUCCGACGGCCCCUGGCUGCCAGCCGUGCCAAAGUGGACAGUGUGUGCUAAGGCGUGAGUGGGCACACCACGCGGGUGUGCACACUCACAUGAACUGAAGGGAGAUUGGGCUUUGUGCUCGCAAAGGUGACCUCUGCUGUGGCUCCCAGGGAAGGUCAAGGGUGACCUGCUUCAGUGAGUGUGUUCAGGGGGGUGGGGCAGCCCAGGACUCACGGGAAGCACUCUGUCCGAUGGGACACGUAACACAGCCAGUGUGUCAUGACCCUACGGGAGCUCCUGGGCAAGGUCCAGUAGCCAAAUCUGGGACAUCUCUCUGCCUUUGACAUUCAACCUUCGCAUCGGGAGGCGGAAGCCGGAGACGACUCUGCAUGGGGAGCUCCACCAGCCAUUCCGUGGUGGCCACGGGGUGGGGACUGAAUUUCUUGGAAUUUGGUGCCAGGUUAGCCGUAGAAUCAAUGCCAUCUUUCCCUGAGGAAGCACUAGGAUUUUCCCAAGUCGGCCUGAAUAGUAAGUAGUCUAAUGAAAGCUAACCCAGUUGGGGUUUUGAGAGACAUGGGUUCAUCCUAGUGUUACACCUUUGUCUUUUUUUAAAAGGAAUGGUAGGCGAGAAACAAUGAAGCUGGUCAUUCCAGGGAGAGCAGGGACCUGUCUUGACCUGACGCUUUAUCAUGUUUUGGGAAGUUGCGUCGAAGCACUUUAAUGCCGUUUUUUGAGCAGAUGUUCUAGAAGCUGGUUGGAAUUGUACAACUCUGGAGAGCCUGUAAACCCUGUGAGCCUUGGGGACAUCCUGAGGGAUGGGAAUGAGAUCCCCUGGUCAGAUGAACAGAAAAAGCUCUCCUUGGAAUUCUCUUCGUUCAGAUCAUUGUCCUGCCUGGCUUUUUGGGGGGCGUCUGAGGGGGUGUGUUUUUAAUCAUAAGAGAGUCGAGCAGACCUCAGCACGGGGUGCCAGGUUGCUAGUUAGGCCAUCUUGGUAGAUAGGCUCUGUUUUCUGAAUGUAAAGCUAUUUUCAUUGUCAUUUCUGAAAAUGGAUAUUAUAACAAUAUUGACUCUGGAUGGAACUGUAUACAUUUCAUAGGUUUUUAUUUUGAGGUGAGUUUUGUUACAGUUUAUAAGAGAUAUUUUCCUAUUUAGACCUCAGGGUUACUUCGGGACCUUCAAAUCCAUGUGACUCCCAGCAGCUUCAAAUUCUUUCUCUCCAAAAGGUUAAUAAUAAGCUUUAAGUUAAAUAUGGUACCUUACUCAGCAGAAAGAAUGUGUCUGUCCCUUUUAACUUCUGACAAAUUCUGUAUCUCAUAUUUAAAAUGUAUAGAAAAAAUAAUGUAAAAAUACGGGGGGAUUGUGGCUACAGGAUUAAAAAUCACUUGUGAAAUAAACAUUCUCAUGGUACAGUGGUGUGGUAUUGGAAUAAACCAAAGUGUGUAUAAAUUAGAAAAUGAGACAAUUAAAUAUGUCGGUAUUUUUAAUGUCACUUACUUUGCUCGAAAUAGAUGGGCACUUGCUUCUUCUGACACACUUUUACUUCACUCUUCAGUGGUGAGGUUUUUAAGUUAACGAUUUAUCCAGGAAUAUUUUCACUGAUGUUAAAAUAAUCCCGUGCAGUCCUCCUCUUCUCAGGGGGGCAUCUGGUUUUGUUUUUGUGUGUAUUCUUUUUUUUUUUUUUUAAGAUUUUAUUUAUUUGACAGAGAGAGAGCACAAGCAGGGGGAGGGGGGAGAGGGAGAAGCAGACUCUUCGGGAUUCGGGACUUCAUCCCAGGACCCUGCGAUCAUGACCUGGCCUGAAGGCAGACACUUAACCUACUGAGCCACCCAGGCAGCUCUGUGUAUAUUCUUAUCUAACUGGUACAAUGUAAAUGUUGUUCUGGACUUAUUUAUUUAAAACAUGUCCUGGAAAAGCUUAUCAAAGAACUCUAAAAUUAGUUUUAUUUUCUCUUAACGGCUAAAAAGUAAUGCGCACACUCAGAAAAAUAAACCAAACUCUGUAAAAGGGUCUCAGAUGAAAAGCGACUGACCUCCCCUUGUGCGGUCCCUCCGACUAAUUAUUUAUGCAUCCUUCUAGAAAUAGUUUUAGAUGUUUUCUUCCCUUUGUGUGUUACACAAAUGAGAUCACGUUGUACGCACGGUUUGCGUCACUCCUGUUUUGGGGAGAGCGCGUUUGGUCCCAUCGUUCAUGCGGGUUCCAUCCGGUAUUCCUCAGUAGAGAUGUGCCCCGGUUCACUGAACCAGUUCCUGGUCUCGGGUUAUCGCAGUAUUUUCAGUUCCUACCACUUACGAGUAACCAAGAGCCUUGCCCUGACCUGCUGGUCUGCACAGGGAAUGUUUGUCUAGGAUUGGCGUGUAGAGGGGAUUGGCCAGGGUGAAGGGAAGGCAGAUUUUAAUUUCAAUGGUCACAGCGGAGUUAUUCUUUCCCAGGGCUCCUGAGUGAGUCUUCACCCACCUGCCCGUGAACAAAACAGGCCUCGUCCCGCCCGCGGCAACACCUGCUGUUCGUCUGACUGUCUGACGGUCGCUGGUCUGAUGGUUCAAAAGCCGUGUCUCGUUUUAAUUUUCAGUUCUGCAACUAUCGGUGCGGUAGAGCGUGGUUUCGUGUGUCUUUCGACCAUUUUUAUCUCCUGUUUGACAGAUUCCUUAUUUGUAUCUGUUUCUCCUUUGUUCUUUAUUGUACUUUUUGGUGUCCGUUUUACCGAUUUGUCGGAUUUGCUAUAAAUUUCAGAUCAUAGUCUUUGACAUAUUGUGGGGUUUUCUCUCUCAUUUUAUCACAUAUCUUCAAGGUGUCUUGUAUAAAACUGUGAAAUUAGGAUUUAGUCAAAUGUAAUUUUUUAAAUAUUGGCAUUUGUGUUUCUUUUCUUUCUUUUUUAAAGAUUUUUACUAUUUUUUAAAAAAAUAAUCUCUGCCCCUAGCAUGGGGCUGGAACUCAUGUCUCAGAGAUCGGGAGUCGCGUGCUGCACUGACUGAGCCAGCCAGAUGCCCCUAGGUGAUUUUUGAUGAGACUAAAAACAGCUCCUAUUUAUUUGGGAAAUUCCACUCUGCUAGGAAAUCUUGAAGUCUGACCCAUUAAAAGAUCGUCAUUCUACUCCCCGAAAAUCAUAAUUAUUAAGGAAGGACCUAAAUAGGGAGUCUAAUUUUAAAUAAAAUUUUCUAGGCCAUGAUUGUG